GCGCGGGGGGCGGGGCCGGGGCGCGAGCGGCGGAGGCUCCAGUGGCGGCGGCGGAGGCUCGGCCGUGUGCGCGGCGAUGGCUUCCGGCGGCUGGCGCUGGGCUCGGAAGGCGCUGGCUGCGGGGCGGCCGCUGUUCCGGGGCCGCGCGCUGCUCGUCACCAACACGCUGGGCUGCGGCACGCUCAUGGCCGCGGGCGACGGCGCGCGGCAGGCCUGGGAGGUGCGCGCGCGGCCGGGGCAGCGGUUCAGCGCGCGGCGCUCAGCCAGCAUGUUCGCGGUGGGCUGCAGCAUGGGCCCCUUCCUGCACUUCUGGUACCUGUGGUUGGACCGCCUCCUCCCCGCCUCGGGCCUGCGAAGCCUCCCGAGCGUGAUGAAGAAGGUCCUGGUGGAUCAGGUGGUGGCAUCUCCCAUACUGGGCGUCUGGUACUUCCUGGGCCUUGGCAGCCUGGAGGGCCAGACGCUGGAGGAGAGCUGCCAGGAGCUGCGGGCCAAAUUCUGGGACUUCUACAAGGCUGAUUGGUGCGUCUGGCCAGCUGCUCAGCUCGUGAACUUCCUCUUCAUCCCGCCGCAUUUCCGAGUCACCUACAUCAACGGGCUGACACUGGGCUGGGAUACGUAUCUGUCCUACCUGAAGUACUGGGCCCCGGAACCCCUUUCCACUCCUGGCUGUGCGGACUGAGCAGGAAGCACCAAGGAGAAAUAGGCCGAUGGACACACUCCCGUAAGAGGUUCUGGAGCAGGUCAGAGCCUGGGCCACAUCCACACUCCAGGCUGAGCCUGCAGCGGCCAUCCCACGUGGACCAGCCUCCAGCACCAGCUGUCAAUCGCCAGGUUUUCCAGUUGGACCCAGAAGUUCUUAGCCAACCUGCAAUUGCAACCCUGGCUCAACUCUGGCCCAAGUAGUCCCCGAGGUUCCCUGGACCCCGGGUGGCAAACAGAAGGACCGGCCCCCACAGCCUUGGAA